UGUAGAGGUCACUGAUUUGUUUUGUAUCGAAUGCGUAUCAUCUGUGUCACCGUUCGUGGUGUUCGGUUAUUUUAUAAAAGAUAUUUCAAUAAGUUUUUCAUCUGAACUUGGAUUAAUUGACUUCAAUAUCCAGUGAUCUUGAUCAGGAUGAAUUUGGCAAGCAAUAUUUGUAGGUUGAGUUGUACUAGAACAAAUAAUCUGUACAAAUUUGGAGGUUACGUGAGUCGUAAUGUUACAACAAUUGAAUUCUAUAAAAUUAAUUGGAAAAGACCAGCAAGAGUGGGACCGACCAGUCCUACUAACAGCGGUGAUUUGGGAUUAGAUAUUUCUGUAAAACCAACAGACAUUCCACUGUACUAUGAUCGUUCAAAAGAAUUGGAGGACGCAAAUGAUUUUGUAAAGAAGAUGUUCUCUUUGGAGUUUCAUCCACGCAGAGAAGUUAGAAAUCUAAAGAGAGAAAAAAUAAUGGCACUGGUAAAGCGGCACGAGUUGGAUCGGGGUUCCACAGAAUCUGCCAUCGCGGCAAUGACAAGCGAGAUACUCUACAUUCAAGAAUACAUGAAGGAACAUCCGUACAAUAAGCAAACUAAACGUUUCUUAAAAGAGUUGGUCGAGCGAAGGAAGAAGUAUCUCAGACACCUGCGCAAGUGGGACUACAGACGAUUCGAAUGGGUUCUCGAGCGUUUGAAUCUUGUGUACAAACCGGAUCCAGCACAACUGGGUACGGUGAGCAGAAAGGAUUCGAUUAGACUAUUAACGCAGGAAUAUUGUGACAAACUCGUUCAAGAUAAACUAAAUGCGUACAAGGCCGAGUUGAAAGCUAAGCAGAAGGAAUUUUAUCGGGAGAAGGCUGAAAAGUUAGCGUUUAUCUUAAAGGAAGAGAGAGAAUGCGGUGUAGAACCGUCAGUCACGGAAGAAAAUAUUCAAAUUGCAAAAAGGAAAGCGGAAGAACUAUCUUAAUGUACAUAAAUAAAUAAGUUAAAUAAAUUUUAGU